AAAGUUCGUCUGCUUCCGGUUUCGAACAAGAUGUCUUCAAAAUCGAAAAACUUAAGGACCGAAUCAGAAAUUGAAAAAUACCGCAGUGAAUCUAAUUGGAAAAAGGCAGUAGAAACAGCACGAGCAGUCGAACACAAAGCUUUGGACUUAGCAUCCUUGGUGUUGUUGGUCUAUGGGGAAGGCCAGCUAGAGGAGUUCUUGCUGGAGCAUGAACCAGUUGAAAAGAAUCAUGCUAAAGCUAAGGCAGCACUUGCCUCUGCUGAAGAUCAACUGCACAGAGCAGGCCAGUCAAGAGAUAAGAUUGGCAUUCAAGCACAGUUGCUUCUAGGGAAGCUUUUGUACUGCUGUGGAGAAUACAGGAAGGCCUUAGACAUUUUGGACCAAGUAGAUCUGCACAAUGUUGUGCUCAACUCUGCCAGUUCUCGUAUGUACCUCAUAGCAGCUGAAGCUUAUGCUGUUAAAGGUUUUUGCCUUGAGAAAGUUGCACCACCCAGCACAAGCAAGUACAGGGCUGCAGAACGAGAGGAGAACAUUAUUUCAUGCUAUGAAAGUGCUGGAGACCUGGCUAUCUUGUAUUUUCAAGACCAUGAUAAAAACAUGCCUGCUUCUACUUCAUCUUCUAGCCUGUCAGCUGUGGAGACUGGUGUUGGGCCAAUACUUGACCGAGCAAUUCAGCAGUCUCCUAUCAUGCUCAUCAAAAAUGGAGAUCUACUUAGAGGAGUCAACAGAUUUCGAGAACUGCUGAGAGCCGUAGAGUGUAGAUACACCCAGAACAUCAGACAGUCUUUAGCCAAAAAUCUGGCAGAAGUUUUGAUUCGAGGGAUGUGUGAGACAACAUACAAACCUAUUGACUUGAUGGCUCGCAGUUCACAAGCUAAAGGUCCUAAACCUCGGGUCUACACUGGUGACAGGUUUGUUCCAGAAGACAUCAAUGAAGAGGUUCUACUACUUUUACUGAUUUCUGAAGCUAUUGCAACUAGAGAGGCUGUUCUUGAUCGUUCAGCAGAGGCAGCUGAUGCACGGGAACAUGCGUUUGCUAACACAUCCGCUGUCUAUGACCUGCUUGCGAUUGUGCUAGUCAGAAGGGCUCAGUUUAAUUUGCUGUUUGAGUCAUUUGAAAGAGCACUGCGCUUUUCGUUUGAAGAGUUUCACAUCUGGCACCAGUUUGCAAAUUCACUCAUCUGUGCUGGAAAGUAUUCUAGAGCACUGCUGGUUCUGAAGGAAUGCUAUCGACUCAAGCCAAGAAACCCUGUCGUUCCUCUUCAAGCUGCAAAACUGUGCUAUGAAUAUUUACACCAGUAUCAAGAAGGGGUUAACUGGUCAAAAAAAGCAAUUGAAAUUGGAAAUAAUCAUCCAUUCAUGGCUCGUUCUCACAUGGCACUUGGUAUAGGAUACAGCAUGCAAGCCAUAGAAGCUCGGCUACAGGCUGAGAGGUUGGCCCUGUACAAGCAGGCUCUGAUGUCGUUCAAAGUGGCUCAUGAAAAGGACCCUCAGGAUUACUUAGUUGCCUUCCAUGUUGCUCUUCAGUAUGCCGUCCUUCGACAGAUUCCGGAGGCUUUGACAUAUGUACGGCUAGCAUUAACUUACAGGAGUGACCAUGUACACUCCUUACAUUUACUGGUCUUACUGCUGACGGCCCAGAAACAGAACCAGGAGGCUAUGCUGCUCAUCCAGACUGCACUGGAGGAGUAUCCAGAAAAUCUCAGCUUGCUGCUGACUAAAUCCAAGCUAGAGGAAGUGUUGCUGGGACCAGAGGAAGCACUAGCAAGCUGCCGUGAAAUGAUGAAACUGUGGAAAGACAUCCAUGAGAUUGACAGUGAAGAGGGUUCUGAUGGACCGUCACAUAAAGUCACAGACAGAAACACAUGGGACAAACGCAGCUUGGCACAGCUGACAAUGAAUGAAUUCAGUGAGCGAGGUUCAGGGUCAGUACGUGCGGAGUCUAUGGCUGCAUCAAGAAUGGAACGAGCACUGUCUGAGGUGGCAUCAUCUCUAAAUAGUUCCUUCAUGCCGAGGCCAGGAUCCCAGCAGUCAUGGCUGCUUCAGGCCCAGAUUUGGCUGCAGUUGGCGGAACUCUAUUUGGUACUAAACAAGGUGUCUGAGGCAGAAGCUUGUGUUGUGGAGACCAGCUCCAUGUUCCCUUUGUCUCAUCAGGUUUAUUUUAUGCGUGGACGAGUUCUGGAACACAAGCAGCAGUUUCACGAAGCCCGUGUCUGUUAUGAAAAUGCCAUCGCUAUCAAUCCUGGACACACAAAGAGUCUUCACCAUCUGGGAGAUAUUCUACAUUUGCUAGGUGACAAUAAGCUUGCAGAGAAAAUUUUACGUGAUGCAAUUAACAUGGAUCCAACUGCCCAUGCACCCUGGUACACCCUUGGCACAGUUCUUCAAGCUUUAGGUCGGUAUGAAGCAGCAAGUGAUUGCCUCUUAACAGCUGCAGGACUUGAAGCUACCAGUCCCAUUGUCCCUUUCACUGUUAUACCCCGUCUCAUGCAAUGAUUGCAUGUUAUUACUUUGUUGUUUAUAUUAUAUGUAACUAUUAACAAAGGCACUGUAUAACUAUUUUCUUAGCAGCUACAUUGAUUGGUACUUCUCAGUUCAGCCAUUUUUUGUAAAGAUGCUUUGGUUAAGAGAUAGAUCUUGUCUCUGAUGCUUUUUCAAAACAGCAUUGAACAAAGGUGUCUUCAGAAAAUACUUUUUGUAGCACCAAUUGGUAUGUCUCAGAAAGAUAUGUUAUUUUCUGUCUUAAGGGUUUAAAAAAAAUCAUGUAACAUUUUGAUUAAUGUAUCAGAUGAUGUGUUGGGAAAAACCAUUUUCCAUUUAUCAUCUUAUGAAGCAUUUGAAGAGAACAGUUUAAUGGUAUGAUGGAAUACAAAUCAAGUCUUCUUGAAUUACUUAACUGAGAAUGUAUUGGCCACGUUAGUGUUUAUUUUUAUAACAACAUUUGUGGCAGUUGCUGCAAGUUGUACUUUAUCAUGGACAUGUAUAAAUGUAAAUUAUGUAAUAUAUAUGCAGUUUGGCAGAAAUGUGCAAUUUUCCCAUCUGAUAUUACAAAGCUGGUUUGCUUGUAUGGGAAAAUGAAUCCAGCAUUCACUGUGGGACCAUGCUAGUGAAUACCUGUGAUAAAUCUGUGAUAUCACUUUGUUUGAGUCUUGAUCAGUUUUUUAUUAUCAGAUUACAAAAAUGUAACUGAUAAGAACAAAACAAAUUAGAGUGUUACUGGAUUGAGUAUUUAUUUGUCUGCAGAAUUAUUAGUUCUAAUAUAUGUAGGCAUUUGCACAUAAGCAUUGUAGCAAAUGCCUGAAGGAGAAUUGUUUUUGGUAGUCUUAAUAGACUCUACAGUGUCAGUCAUGAGAUAUGAGAAAAUGAGGAAACUGAAAAGUGAAUGAAAGUGAGACAUUUUACCAUACUUAUAAUUUAUGUUUACUUAAGUUUAGCUGCAUAGACUAAAGUUCUUCUCCAGAAAUGGGCAUUACAAUGCUUGUGUUAACCCAAAUUCACAGCUGUGAAGGAAAAGGCAAGUGCACUGCUGUUGGGCUUAAGUGACAUUAUAAACAUUUUUUUUUAAUUUUGAGAGUGGCUAUUUGUAGCUGAAUGGUGUGGAUCUGGGCUUAAGAAACUUUCUCCCCACACACAUAACAAGAGACAGGUGGAAAAUGGAUGAGCUCAAGCAAAUGAUACUCCAAUCCAUUCUACUGCAAAGCUGCAGUGUUGAGUCAUGACCGGGGUUCAAUAAUAUAGCCACCUCCUCUUUUUGUUUGUGGCCUACCAGAUCAUUAAGGUAUGUCAUCUCAUUUCAGCUCUGCCUUUACUUACCCAUUACAGAGCUAAACUUUUCAUGUAGGUCUGCACCAAGUUGUUUUGAGAGAGUAAGCUACCGUUCCCAUCCUUCACAUCCCUCGUAAAGUGUAUAAGCCCAAUUUGCUAUUUCACUUGCCAUUUCUUUUCAUAAAACAGAGAAAGCAAGAGGUCACCCCUUAUUUCCAACAUUUUGUGGGCUUUAGUUUUAAAACAGCUGCAGAGAGAAUUCUAGACUUUGUAGAAAAAUAACUUCUUUUUGGAUAUCUUGACGUGGAACAUGGUUAACAGACGAAUGUGCCAAGCGCCAAACAAUCAUAUACCUAUCAUGACUUCUUUAUUGUCUUCCAUUUAAUAUUUGGGUGGAAGGAACAUCUGACGUUUGUCUAGUCACUUGAAGAUGAGGCUGUAAGAGUUUUGAAAGCACAAAAGCUGUAGCAGAUGUUUCACUUAUUAAGGUUCCAUAAUGUUUGCUCGAAACAGAAAAAAAGUAUUAAAAAAAAUGCAGGUGUAAGUUAAAAUGCUUUAAUUAUUUAUCGAAAUUAUUUUAUUAUCUUGUAUACACACAGGCAGUAAAGAGUUAAGAGAUAUUUAUUUAUUGAAGGCCGAAAAUGAAUGUUAUUUUUCUGACAUCGCCUUUAAGUAUCAAUAGUAAUAACUUGCUAUGCAUUUUAUCUUCUUAUUUAUGCUGAGUACUGUUUUCUGUUACACAGUAGAAGUAAAAAUACUUAUGACUUGA